AUGCUCCCAAAACGGUGUCGUAAAUGCUACCAUGCGUUGCGAACUGAAUUAGAAGUGGCUGCAGCAGAUCCAAAAGAAGUCCGAGUGAUGGCAAUAUUUCCUUUUGGGCUCUAUUUGAACAAUGCUGUUGGGCUGAAGGAUGUGGAAAAUGCUGCCAACAUAUAUGAUCUCAUUUUCCCACAGCUCCACGGGUUUUUCACAGCCAAUCUUGAAUUGCCGUUUUUAACACUCUCCUCAUUCUCAUUAGGAAUUUCAGUAUCAGACUCCACAAACUUGGAAGUUCUAUCAGUAUCUUUAUGGACCUGCAGAACAAAUGGACCAAGGGGAUCAGGAGAUAUGAUUCACCACAUACAGAUUUCUUCCUACAGCCAUUCCACAAACGGAUUCUCCUUGGUGCAGUUCCUUGAGCUGUAUAACUCGGCUUCUUUCGUGGCUCACGAGAUUGAAUCUUGA